CCGACAUUCGCACGCACCGCUUGGCUGCCAUCGUCCAGUCCGUCGUGCUGAAUAGUUUCAAGAGGGAUUUGUCAGAAUGGGAGAAAUUGCUGGGUAUAUUCGACGACGAGGACUGGUUCCGCUCCGUGCUCGGCAUUGACAACAAUGAUCGGACGCGGCGGCCAUCGGCACAACAAGUUUACGAGUGUGCAUGUGUGGGUGUUGUGACCACUUUCCUCGAGCAGUGCACCGCCCGGAGUCCAAAUCAAACGGAGCGAGAGCUGGACUUCGACACGCUUAACAAGGUAUACGCAUUCACCGGGGUGAUUCCGCCCGAAUUGCAACGGCGAUUCGCCAACGCCGUCUCUGCAUUCAUCCGCAAAUAUCCAGAGAAUUGUUUUGCAGAUGGGAGUCAACUCAGCUCGGUGCUUUUUUGGGCCGUCGUCAAGGGGUGGAUGCACGAUGCGGAUGCACUACGCGUCGUGGACACAGCUGUGUCGAAGGUGCAGACGGACAAUCAGCAGAGAUCACACCGGGACCGUGCUCAAGCGCUCCGGGGAUGUAUACAGAACGGGCUCCGUCCCGAGAACAUUCCUGCCGAGUCUGUCCUGCUCGUGAAUGACUGGGUGUGGGAGGAACACGACAGAGGGUGUCAUUUUCCAUUGAUUUAGCCUACAAUCCAUGUAUUCGGUAUGUUCAACGAGAUCCUU